AAUGUAAUCUCAACCCUGUGGCCGUGCAGACUGCAGAUAGAAGUCGGAACUCGGAACGCACAGGUUCAUAUUAUUCAUGUGAGCAUGCCAUUUAUUCGACACGCGCGCUCCGAGCGAGUCGACUCGCACAUCACAUCAUCAGUGUCACAGACCGAUGCGUGUUUUCCCGCGUAACGCGUUCUGUAUUUGAACUUUAAAAAUAAUUUACGUGAUUUUGUUUGUGGCCAUCUUUACAUUUUGUGUUCAUAAAAAUGAGCAAUCGCGUUUGAAGUUAUUGCUUUAUAAAGGCAAUUUUUUGAUUUGAUGAAGCCACAAUCGAAUUCUACGUGAUGCUAUAAGGUGUUAGCCAUGCGGCCGCAGGGCGGUUGUCUGGGCGCAGCGGGGUAGCAUGGCCGCCCUGGUAGUGUUGCUCCUGGGAACAGCUGCGGCCGCACACACGCUCGCUGACGUCACGCGCCAGGAGACUGGAGACGUGUUCACACUGAUCGGUGAUGACUGCGGUGCGGCGCAAUGCGCAGAGCACGGCGCGGGUGAACAUCGGGCCUUGUUGAUGGUGGGAGGGUGUGCCUGUGGGUGCCCUCAACGUGCGCCACUCUUCAGGGAAGAUCGGGAACUAUGUGUCGAUGACUUACCAGAAUGUUCACUGGCCACGUUCGGAACAGGCAGCGCAUUACAAAGAAUUCCAUUCGUUUUUUUGCCGCUGAAGGGACAAAUAAUUCAUCCUUCAAGGGAGAUAACUUUCCAUAAUGUAAAGACUCCAAUUUGCGCUGUGUCAGGAGCCCAAUUUCUCACGAGGAAAGGUUUCUUAGACCUUCGAAACACGCUUGAUGCUGAUGUGCCAUUUAACCUGUUUAGAGAUGAGGGCAGGACAUUUUUACAGUGGAACGGAGAGGAUGACGUUCGCGCUCGCAUGUCGGGUCGGCUGAUGGUAGUGCGGCUCUUGUGUCGUGAUGUAUCCACAACCCCUGCCUCCCCUCUGGACUUGCGAGGAGUCUUCACUCCCUGUGUCGCGUUCAGAGUACAGGGAACCCCGCCUAGACAUGCUACUAAUAUAACAGAAGUACAAUUCACUCCGGAUGCCCAAAUAGCUGAAUCCUCAGCAAGCAAUGGACUCUCAGCAACUGAAUAUGUCGCGAUUGGCAUCAGUUCCUUACUUCUUGGGCUCAUAUAUGUUGCCUCAGUUUUCCUCUACCUCCACAUCCGAAAAAGGAAGAAAAUCGCUAGUGCAGAAUGCACAAUACAAAGACUUAAGCAGAAGAAAAACGGGAAAUCUUUGACGCAACGCGAUAUAAUGAGAAUUAAUUCUGAGUGCGUGCAAUCUUUACCGAAUGUUAUGGGACAAGAUGACGGUGUUAUUAAGAAAAACCCUCUCCUAUCUGUUGUACGAUCGUUUACGAGUGAUUCUGGUAGCAAUGUGUCGGAUUCUGAAGACAUGCCUGAUAGCAGCACGCGUAGUGAUGAGAACGGAUUUAAAAAACGUACAACCUCUGCUGUCAUUCACUUACAAAGAGAAGAUACAAGAAAUCAAUUCUACGGAAUGGAAAUGAGCCACCGCGAUGAGUCAGGCAUCGAGAAACUUCCAGACGAGCACGUGUCGAUCGUUGAAACUAUCGAGGACAGAGAGAUCGCAAGACCUGUGGGAACGACUAGACGAAAACUUUACUUUAACCCAGCUUAUUUUGAACCCCAUCUAAUGGCUGAUCCGCCAGUAGCGGCUCUAGAAUUUCUCUCUAAAAUAAGAGAAGUUAUUGCCGUAGCAAAGCAAAAGAUGGCAGCGAAACGAUUUCAUCCUGUUUUGAACGAAAUACCAGAAGAAACGUAUCCUUCAAAUCCAAACAGUAUUGAUUUAUAUCACAGUAUGAGAAGUCGGCGUAGUGCAAGUCUCCUGAGUCUUAAGCGAAAUAAUAGUAGAAGACGAUCGACAGACUGCUUAGGAUGCCCUGGAUGUAAAUCUGAAAACAAAACUGAUAUAAAAAAUAUUAUGAAGUACGAAAUUCCUAGCUGUUCUAACUGUAAGGGAGACAAGCAAAAUAGUAUCAGGAAAUGGUUAGAAAAUAUUCCUAAUGAACAUGACCGAAUACACGAUGACUUUUUAUCGAAUGCUCAUUCUGCACACUCAUUGUCAUGUAUACCUGUAUUAAAUAGUCGUAGUAAAAUACAAAAACAAAAUAGUUUUUCGGAAAAUCAUUUAGUAGAUUUCAGUAACAAAUGUCCUGUUAAGAAAACAACAACACGUUCUGUAAGAUCAGAGCCGUCGCGAACCUACAACAUACCACUACCCGAUUUCGGAAACGUUACGUGUGAUGACAAUUUGAAUUAUUUUCAAUCCAAGCAAAUGGUUGAAUCGAUAAAUUGUAUAGAUUACCGACCGGCCAGCUCGAAGAGUAAUGCAUCCGACAGAAAUAGACAAUUUAUAUUAAGAAAUAAUAACAAUAGUUUGCCUGAUAUGGUCAAUGAUACCAUUGCAUUAAAUGACUUUUCAAGAUCUUUGAAUCAAAACAUUGAUACUCAAGAACAUUUCACACAAGAAAUGAUUAAGGAAAUCAUUCAAAAUCCUUAUAUGAAUAAUUCAGAGAGCCCACUGGCCGAUUACGAAACUGAUAGUCUAGAAAGAAAUUGUACUAAAACCAAUACAGCGUCGGCGGAAUAUCCGGAAGUACCAUCAUCCCAAGCAAGUCCUAGUUUAAGCAACGCAUUACCUUUAGAAGAGGAAUUGACUAUGAGAAAUGCCGUGUAUAAAAAUAAUACAAGUAGCAACAGUAAUACUCCAUCACCCGAUAUGGAAGUAAGUGUAGAUCAAAAUCAUUACGAAAUCGUUGAUUUAAAGAAAAAUACUCAAGAUUGUAGCAAAAAUAUGAGCGUAACUAAUUACAGUCUUGUGAGCGAAGUUUAUGUAAAUAACAGUUACAAUUUUGGUAGUGCUCCAACAUCGCCCAGUGGGUCAGAAUGCUCAAUGGGAAGUAGAAAGGAAUAUAGAACAAGAAAGAAUGAUGAAAAGCCAGGAUGCUUAACUAUCGAAGUAAAGGAUCCACCAGAAAAUUAUAUAAGGAUCCAUGAGUCUGAUGGUUUCGAACCAGAUACCUUAGAUCGCAAGCACCCAAAACAUAAAGAAUCGUUUCAAGAAAUACAGACAUUUAAACGAAAAGAUUUUCUAAAGUAUCUAGACAGUCAACAAUCUGAGAGUAGUCACAGUUUACAGUUACGAAGUAGUGGAUCAUUUAUAAAAAAUAAUAAUGGAAACAUUUCACAAACAACAAAAUUUCACAGCCUGAGAAACGAUGUUGAUGCCCAUAGAACAGGUCAUCAACGUGCUAAAAUUUCAACAAGUAUGUUCGAUGGUUCUUCAGAGAGUAAGGACUUUGAGUCAUGGGAUGACAAAAGUUGGACUUCAGAAGAAGGAAGAGUGUUAACAUUGGAAUUACGACAUUCAAAGAGGCAGCGUCAAUGCACACCACCAACCGCUAAACAGCAAAAACAUUUAGCGCGACCUGACAUUCUUCCACCGCUACCUCCUACUGAAGAAACAAUUUAUAAACAGCCUAAUUUGCCUGUUAGGAGAGUGGAAAUUUUUUCAAAUAGUAAUAAUAAUGGUAUUACACUAACAACUGAAAUGCCCAAAAGCAAUAUUACGAAUGAAGCAUUGUCUUCUACAUAUGAAGGUGUCAUCGUCAGCAGAUCAGGCGAAUUCUCUAAAAAUUGUAAUAGAAAUUCAUCACAGCGUCAUUCAACAAGAAGUUGUAGCGGUAUAAUUAAUACAAACACAUUUGUAAGAGAACCAACGGUUGAUCCAAAGAAUAAAUUAAUAAAACGGAAAGCUGGUAUGAGUAUAGAUGACUCUGGAUACCUCAGCAGUGAUUCGACAAGUUCACGACCUUUCCAAAGAAAAUUAGUUAUAGCGAAAUUGGCGAGCUGCAGUGACAGUGAUGACACAGCAAAUGAGGCUAGGAGUGAAUCGGGUGCUGAAAGUGUAGAAACACAUUCCGUGUACUUUGGUAGUUUCAGGAACAAUGCGGGCAUACCAGUAACAAAUGACACUAAAAAUGUGAGAAUUAGCAAAGUGAAAAACUAGGAAUAUUAAUUGUGCAAUAAUUUGAAUACCAAUUGCAAUUUUAAUGUAGUAGAAAAUAAUUAUACUAAUGGUAAGUUUGUAGUAUUCAUAUUAAAUAAUAAAAGAAAAAUAUAAGAAUAUAUUAUAAUGUAUUUAAUUACUGCGUAACAUAUCAUGUUAGUGAAUAAUGGCCGGUUGUGCAAUGCAAUAAUAGAUUAAUAGCAAUAUUAUAAUUUAUUUAGAAAAUAAUUAGCUAUUGAAACAAUAAUUAUAAUUAAUGACUCAUAGAUUAGAAUAUAUAAAUUGUUCAUGGUAUGUGUUUAACAUAGUUGAGUAGUACUGUAUACGAGUCGAUAGAUAAGAAAUGACAGGUUGCACUUUAUAGCACCGAUAUGGUAAGUGUAUUUACACACCACGUUAUUAAGAGCGAAAAUAUCACGCCCACAUAUAUUUAUGUGUCUGAAACUUUUAAAGAAAAGUUUAUGUAAAUAAUAUUGUGUAAGAGUCAGGCAGCAAAGAUAGCUUCCUAGUACCUGACAAUUAAAUUAUUCUGCUCCAGAGAAGAGCACAAAGUGCCUCUCUGUAUUUAAGAGCAUAAAUAUAAUUACAUGUUGGGAAAAAGCAAUUAUACCUAUUUUGUUCGCUUUCAGAGCAGGCAAUCUGCAAAAAUAUGUAUAUGACAGUACCUAUAAGAAAUUUACAUUCAGAAAAGUUUUUUAUAAUUUAGUUAGUUGAGUAUAACAAAAAAAUAGAUCAUCAAAUAGUUUCUAUAAAAAACUAAUUUAUUGUCGAUAUUAUGAUCUAGUAUUACCUAUUAUACAUUUUAUGAAUUCAAUAUUUAAAUAAAUCAAUAAUCUUGCGCUUAAUAAUGUAAUAUUCUUGAAGAUUUUUCAUAAAAAAUUAUGAGUUAGUAAUUAUUAAUGUCCUUCGUAUGAUCUUUAGCAGUUGAACAUCGUUCGACUGGAUGGGUCAUUUAAAAUUAUAAGCUAUGGUUAUAUUAUAAGGCUGUUUGCUCAUUGUCUAUCGGACUGUCUUAACUAUCUCCAUAGUAUUACAGCAUCAUAUUUUACGAUUACAAAAAUUCUGCAAUGUAUAUCACAAACGUACAAUUUUAAAAUAUCUAUAAAUCUCCUACCUCGACUGUUGGGAUUAGGUAACUAGGUACUUAUUCUUUAAAAUAUUUGAUUCAGAGAAAUACCUAAAAUGGCUUGCCUACUUGUAGUUUUAAAUAUCAAUCAAUCAAAAAUAAUAGGUAUGAUAUGUAUAUCCCUCGCCUAACUUCAAGUUUGCUCUGAAGUUGGCACGCGCACCUGUUUGCGCAGAUACAUUCCACAUUCGCCCCUUCGAGUCUUUACUUUUUGAUACUGCGCAUCUAUUCGCAACAACGUCAGAGCGAUCUAGAAGUUUGUGAACGGGUGUAGCUUAUUGCAUUGCUAUUUUUCCAACGUAGUGAUUGAUGGGUUUAGUUAUUAUAUAAAUAUUAACUUAUAUUAACAUAGCUGAUACAUGGUGCUAAAUAGAAAAUCGGGUAAUAUAAAUUUGUUUAAUACUUAGUGUUAUAAUGAAUUAAUAUUUCUCAUAGCUGUAAAAUGGAGAGAAAUGCUCAAUUAUAUAAAAGUUGGAUUGAUCUUUUGUAUACACAAUUAUUAUUAUUAUUGUUAGAAUAGGAAAUUUAAGAAAAUAAAGUUAUUUAUAUUUGAUAAA